AUGCCGACCGGCUCCCCUCAAAAGGUGCUGGACCCCGCGAGCCCCGCGGGCACCGUCGGGGCGGCGGCCGUGAGCGUGGCGGUGCUCCCCUACAUCCCCCUCAGCCUGUACAGCUCGUACGUCCUGGUGACGACCGGCUCGGGGCUCCCCGCCGGUCCCAACGGCGUGUAUGGCGCCGCGGAGGGAUUCGCGACCCUGACGGUGUUCCUGGUCUCGCUGUGGUCCUUGGUCUCUUUUGUCACGAGGGCGCGCGGCCUGCCGGCGGGGCCCCUGAGCCUGCUCGGCGCGGCGCAGCUCGGCUCGUACCUCGCCGUGCUCGCCUUCGCCGGGGCGACCUACCUCACGACGGGCGAUAUGGCGAAGUCGAACCCGUUCAAGGGUGCGACGCCCGACCAGAUCGUCACCAAGGUCGGCAGCACGAUCGAGGGCCAGGUGAGCACGGUCAGCGCCCCGUUGAAGGUCAGGGGAGGCAAAUGUGAAAGAGGUCACGAAGAGCCAGACAGACUUCCUCUCGCAGAUGCAGUCCAAGCUCGACGCGGCGGUGGGCAGCGCCACGAAGGCGGCCGGCGAGCAGCUCGAGACCGCGCAGAAAGCGGCCAGCGAUCAGCUGGAAACCGCGCAGAAAGCAGCCAGCCAGAAGCUCGAGAAGGUCGUGCCGGCGAUAGCGACGGAGGGGAAGAAGGCCGAGGAGCCGAAGCCGGCGAGGCCGGCAGAGGCUGCGGAGGCGAAGCCCGAGAAGCCUCAGGAGAAGAAGGCCGAGGAGAAGCCGGCCGAGGAGGGCAAGCCCAAGGCCGCGCAGAGCUUCGAGGACCUCUUCUCGUAGGCGGCGUCCGCGGCUGCGCGGCCAGUGCGGCGAGCGGGCUCCCUGGGGGCCCGCGCCUGUUCGGCCUGCCCCAGGGAGAGGACGUGGCGCCGAGGAAUCCAGAGGUGAGGCGCCCAUUGUCCACGACCACUGCCACGGGUAGGACGGGG